AUGGGGCCGUAUAUCCGCGUAAAGAGGCGGAACCAGACCGUGUUUCUGGACGUGCAGCCGACGGAAUCGUUUCGUAGUGUAAAGGAGAAGAUUGGCGUGUUGUUCCAUCUACCGCCGACGAGUAUCCAGCUCUGGGAUGGACUCAACGAGAAGGAGAGCAAGGAGUUUGCAGACGGUGCGACGCUGGCAGACCAUGAAGUGCAGAACGACGCCGUGGUCUACAUGCGCUGGAAAAAAGAGAACUCGGAUGAAUGGGAAGAAUUGAGUGUAGCUAAAGUGGAAGCUCUGGAUGCUGGAGACUCUUCGAGGUCCACGGCAGGUAGUGGGUCCGGAGGAAUCGGAGCUAACUCCGUGUCGUAG